AUUACCAAAAGUUCUUGUGAGAGAAUUUUCCACAAACCCGGAAAAGUCAGUGAGAGGAUGAAUGUUAGUUGAAGGGAAGAAUGCGUCGAGUGUGUGUCUAUAAAUAAAUAUUUCGUUUGUUUAUUGCUACACAAAUCUUCUGGGGGAUUCAUUCUGUGAUUAUCGCACCGGAAUCUCAUCCAUACAACCCGGAUUGUGCAUCCAUCGUUGCCGCCCUUGGCUGCCGGUGGGUGUUUUCUGUGUCGCGCAACAAAACACAAGUGAUGAGGAAGUAUCCAUAAAAUGCAAUGUGAAGAAUUUAUGUUGGUUGUGUAGUCUGGUGGAGGUGUGUAGCAGCUUAAAAAUUGUCCACGAGAGUUGCAACGGUGCGGGGUGCCUGGCUAGAAAUAAGGAUUUUUCCACCAUCACACAAAGCUGAAUCAUGGAGAGGGAGAAUGCACAUAAUGAUGAUGCAGAGUCUACGGCAGAUUUUAGGAAUACAUAUGAACCUCUUGGGGGUUCACGACGUCACUAUGAACCAUCUGAGAGUCCAGAUACUGACACAGGACCGCCCAAGGAUAGGAAACAUAUCGUCUAUCUGGCUCUUCUCACGGCUGGCAUUGGAUUUGUUCUGCCGUACAACAGCUUUAUCAUUGCAGCUGACUACUGGCAAGCGAGAUUCCCAGGAAGAUCUGUAGCUCUGGACAUGAGCAUGACAUAUAUUCUUGUUGCUUUUGCCACAGUUCUACUCAAUAAUGUUUUUCUCUCGUUGGUCCCUUUCAAAAUUCGCGUGCAAUUUGGAUAUGCUAUUUCAUUCACAACCCUCGUUUUUGUGGCAUUGUGUGAAGUGGCGUGGCAUAUGUUUGCCGCUACAACAGCCUAUUCGGUGAAUUUAGCAGCAGUAUCACUCGUUGCAAUUGGCUGCACGGUGCAACAGUCAAGCUUCUACGGAUUCGCCAGUAUGCUACCGAAGCAGUACACACAAGCCGUAAUGGCGGGUGAGAGUUUGGCGGGAUUUCUCGUCUCAUCAAAUCGCGUAAUGACGAAGCUUCUAAUUGAGAAUAAUCGCCUAUCAACAAUGAUAUUCUUUCUCACAUCGAGUGUCUACAUUGGGAUAAGUUAUGUCCUGCACACUGUUACCGUGCACUCACCCUUUGUACGCUACCACAUUAAGGCGUGCGCCAAAAUUGUCCUGCAACCAUACGAGGCACGACAAUCGGAUUCAAUUGAUGGUGAAGCCACAAAGUAUGGUGUACUAACACUCGAUCCCAGCUCACCAACACAACCGGCAUCAGCACUUAGCUUCAGCAAUCCCGUCUACGAACUCUCCAAUCCCACCGCGGGGGAAAGUAGCCUCGAUGCUGCACUAUCAGAUGGUGGCUCACCAGCUCCACCUACGGUAACAACUGAACCCAGUGUUGCCUUCAAAGUGGAACAUGUUCUCACACCAGGAUCAUGCAGUCGAGGUCGUCUUGGGGAUUUUCGUACUGGUCUCGAAGCACGCUGGCGAGUUGCACAUGCCAUCUACCCAUACAUGGUGUGCAUCGCUCUGGCCUACUGUGUCACACUCUCCCUCUAUCCAGGGAUUGAAUCGGAGAUUGUAUCAUGUGCCCUGGGAUCAUGGAUGCCUGUUCUCUUGAUGUUCACCUUCAAUACAGCUGACGUUUUGGGAAAAAUACUUGCUGCUAUCCCAUAUUCCUGGUCUCGACGACAACUAACACUCAUGUCGGGUCUGAGGACACUCCUAGUGCCACUUUUACUACUCUGCUGCACACCACGUGAACGACCUGUUGUGAGUGGAGAGACACCGGCUUUCUUCUUUACAGCCGCCCUUGGCCUGUCCAAUGGGCUUGCUGGAAGUCUCCCCAUGAUUCUGGCACCUGCCAAAGUACCGGCAACACUUAAGGAAGUAAGUGGCAACAUGAUGACACUCUCAUACCAAGUGGGACUCACAGCGGGUUCCCUCCUUGGCUACAUGUUUGACUCAAUCUUAGGGCCACAAUUGCCCAAUCCAUGUCCCGUCUAUCCCUACAUUCCGUCGUCGCCUGUGAUAAAUACCACAACAAUGGCCACUACGACCAUUUCAACGAGCACACUACUGACAACAACAACAGUUGUGCUCAAUACAACACAGAAACUCCUUACCACGGUGGCGUCCAACUUUAUCACAACUGCUGCUGGGGAUGCUGUUGCCGAUGAAAUGCCACACAUCUUCUCAAUUGCUUCUACAGCAUUUUACAACUCUACGCAGCUUCUCAAUAAUACAUCAUAUGAACUCAGUGAUAUUACCAAUUGAGUUCCUUUUCCGCGCCCUAUCCCCUUUUUCAGCUGCUCAACUAAACACCUUAACGGUGUAUAGCUAAGCGGUCUUUCUUCAAACACAUACUCCACUUUAUCCUAAUCCACGUUGAUGGUUCAGUUAGUAAAAGUGUGUACAGAGCGUACGUUAAUGAUCGUAAUGGCGGUAAACAAUAAUGUGAUCUAACCUACAAAUUCAAAUCAUAUCUUUUAAGAUUUUUUUUCUCUCUUUUAGGUGUAAAAGCGACUUCUUCCAAAUUGUGAGUUAUUUUGCGUGUUAACAAAAUAAAAUGAUCAUAAAUUAACUAAAUUAAGAACCAAAAGAGCCUCAUAAGUUCUCUAAAAUUACCUCCUAUGACAAUACCUUAUGCAACUAAUGAAACUUCUAAAAAGCUUUAGGAACAAAAAAAAAUCUAAAAUCUUUAUAUUUUAUUCUUAAAGAGCAAUAUGUAUAAAAUGAAUCACAAAGCCGUAAAAGAAGCAAUCUCAAAAAUCGAUACAAUCUGAUUGAAAGAUGCUUACCUUAUCAGUCUGAUCAUGGUGGACGCCAUAUUGCUUUAUGUACCACACCGGCUAAUUGAACCAUUGACACCCCCUAAAAAUUACUAUAGUCAUAAAAAUACUCUGUAAAGAGCAUUUUGCUAAACAUAUUGUAAUGAAAUUAUUUAUAUACAACACGUAUGAUAGUGUUUAAGAGGUGAAAGAAAGAUUUAGAGAGAACGCAUUCAAUGCAUUUUGGACUAAAAAAAAUAUCCUGUCGGUUAUAAAAGUGGAACCUAUCAAUUAUCUUUCAAAUGUAGCUACAAUACUCCCUGAAAUUGAUCAUUUAAAUAUAAUGGAAUUAUUUUGGGAACUCA